AUGGGAUUAUGCAAAUGUCCCAGAAAGAAGGUCACGAAUCUGUUCUGUUUUGAGCACAGGGUAAACGUCUGCGAACACUGUUUGGUGGAGAACCAUCACGAUUGCGUCGUUCAAAGCUAUCUCCAGUGGCUAACUGACUGUGACUUCGACACGAAUUGCUCCCUGUGCGAAAAGCCUCUUGCUGAUGCUGAAACCAUCCGUCUUCAGUGCCUUCAUUUAUUUCACUGGUCAUGUCUUGACCAAUGGGCUCGACGAUUUCCAGCCACUACUGCACCAGCUGGAUAUUGUUGCCCAUUUUGCAGAGAGGCCUUAUUUCCUGCUGCAAAUCAAACUUCUCCAAUGAUAGAUGAGCUCCGAACUAAGCUUCAACAGGCUAAUUGGGCUCGAGCUGGGCUGGGGUUACCACUGCUCCCUGAAUUGAAUCCUCCUCUCAUGCUUCCUCAGCAGUACCCUCAUAUGGCUGGUUCCAAUAUGACGCAAACAACUCAGCGCGGUGUCACUGAUUUGGCCAAUGGUGGGCAGUUCACAACGCAUAUUCAUGAUGUUGCAGCGAAUAGAUCAAAUACAGCAACGCCCGAUGUAGCCCUGGAUAUGGAUGAAGUUGCAUAUUCCGGCAGCAAGGAACAAGUGACGUUCACGUUUCAUCUUGUGCGGAUUUUAGCACGUAAAAAGCAUGCCGGUUCUGAUUCCGACAUGCAGCCGCUCCUUUCAAGGGUUACUGAUCGAGAUGCUGACAGCGAACAAAAUAAGUACAAAAGAAGGCCAGCUAGGGAAUGGUUGAGAGGGAUCUGGAAAGCAAAGUAUGGAAAUGCGCCUCCAGCUCAGCUCGGCGGAUGUAAACGAGUGCUGCUCGUUUUCCUUUUCUUCGUUUUUGUUCUUGUGACUGUAAUUGUGGUGCUGACAAGAGUUGGCAUUGGAGCGGAGGAUGAUCCACUCCUCGAUCCCAUGAACAACCCAAAUAUCCGUGUUGCCGUUGAUGGUGUGGGAAACUCUAUUUAA